GAUUUAUCUCACGUUCCGUGCAAGUUCUUCCGCCAAGGCGCCUGUCAAGCCGGAAACUCAUGUCCUUUCUCUCACGCAACCGACGUCUCGUUGGACUCCCAGCCAUGCAAGUACUUCCAAAAGGGUAAUUGCAAAUUCGGUAUAAAGUGUGCCCUUGCUCACGUCUUGCCUGAC